AUGACGUCCUUCUGUCUUUAUUCCCAGCAUGGGGGCCUUGGAGACUGUUGUGGAGAGGGUGAAACGCAGCGGUGCAGGAGAUGGGAUGAUAAGGAAACAUCGGCCUCUCCAGGUAUGGCUCUAACACAUGUCCAGCAUGAAGGCAGUGGUCUUUUCACAGGCUGCGAGCUUAAAGCGGAUAAGGAGUAUCAGUUCAAAGUAGAUGAUGAAGAAAACGAGCAUCAGCUGUCUUUGAGAACGGUUACUUUAGGGGCUGGAGCCAAAGACGAAUUACACGUUGUAGAAGCGGAAGCAUUGGACUAUGAAGGCAACCCUAUUAAAGUAGUGCUGGCAUCUCUGAAAAUGUCAGUGCAGCCUACGGUUUCAUUAGGUGGCUUUGAGAUCACACCACCGGUGGUCUUGAGGUUGAAGUGUGGUUCAGGGCCCGUUUACGUCAGUGGUCAACAUCUUGUAGCAUUAGAGGAAGAACCAGAGUCAGACGAUGAGGAAGAUGAUACAAAAAUUGUGAACGCUUCAACGAAGAGACCAGCAAGUGGAGGAGGAGCUAAAACACCACAGAAAAAAGCAAAAUUAUCAGAAGAUGAUGAGGAGGAUGAUGAAGAUGAGGAGGAGGAGGAUGAUGAUGAGGAUGACUUAGAGGAUGAUGAGGAAGAAAUGAAAACACCAAUGAAGAAACCUGUCCGUGAGGCUUCAGGAAAAAAUAUGCAGAAAGCAAAGCAAAAUGGGAAAGACUCUAAGCCGUCCACACCAGCAUCAAAAUCAAAAACUCCAGAUUCCAAGAAGGAUAAAUCUCUAACUCCAAAAACACCAAAAGUCCCUCUGUCAUUAGAGGAGAUUAAAGCAAAAAUGCAAGCGUCUGUAGAUAAGGGUUCUUCCCUUCCGAAGCUGGAGCCCAAAUUUGCCAACUAUGUUAAGAAUUGCUUCAGGACGGAGGACCAGAAGGUCAUUCAAGCUCUCUGGCAGUGGAGACAGACUCUGUAAGAAAAGAAAACAGUUUAAACAGUUCAUUAAAAUCUGCAGUCUUAUUUCUGUAACCAUUAUUUGGCUGUCCUUUUUACAAAAGAGCGUUCCCUACCGUGGCUGAUAAAUGUCAUCCAGAUUACCUUGCCAAGAAUGUGUUGUCCAAAAUGCCUGUUUAGUUUUUAAAGACUGGACUCCACCCUCAGCUUCAUUUUAAGUAUGUAUGGAAUGUUUUGAUAAGGCAUGGUGGUGGUGGUGGUCAGACAAAUGGAAAUGGUGGGGAGACUAAAUGUAUGUGGAAAAAAAAUAAAAUUUAGUAUUUUAAUAAAGUA